AUGAAGAAAAAGCUGUCACGUCAGGCUCGAAUCAAGAUAUUGUUGGUACUCGAUUCGGUGUUCUUUCUCGUCGAGAUCAUUAUUGGUUACUGGUUGAAGUCAUUGUCUCUGGUAGCAGAUUCUUUUCACAUGUUAAAUGAUGUCAUGAGCUUAGUAGUUGCGUUAUACGCUAUCAAGCUUGCUUCACGAACUAAAUUUUCUCCAAAAUAUUCCUAUGGCUGGCAGCGUGCUGAAGUAUUGGGUGCCCUUGUAAAUGGGGUAUUUUUACUUGCUUUAUGUUUGACUGUGUUAAUCGACGCCAUACAGCGAUUUUUUGAGUAUGAAGAAAUUAGGAAUCCGAUUUUGAUUCUUAUAGUGGGAGGAGUCGGAUUGUUUUCAAACAUUAUAGGAAUUUUAUUAUUUCACGAACAUAGCCAUUCACAUAACUCUACUACGCCGAUUGAAGUUGGCGAAGACACAAUCCAACCGUUAGAUGAAAUACAUGUUCAUCCGGCAGCAACACGACAUUCAGUUGUUUUGGCAGCUCAUGCAACUGUUCAAAGACAAGUCGAUACAAUAGAGGAAGAUAAUUCUUCAACAAUUGCCACUAAUCACGAUUCAAACUCGAAGCAUCAUCACAAAAAAAAUCUCAACAUGCAUGGAGUAUUUUUGCAUGUAUUGGGAGACGCCCUGGGUAAUAUUGGCGUUAUAGCUUCUGCUUUGUUUAUUUCGUUCACCUCAUUUUCGUGGAGACAUUAUGCCGAUCCUGUGGUCAGUGUACCCCCGGGUAUACCUUUGGAUGAUAUUCGGAAUUGGAUCAAAAAGUUGCCCGGAGUAUAUUCUGUUCAUGAUUUUCACAUUUGGCAACUUUCGGAUACGAAAAGUAUUGCAUCAAUUCACAUUCUAAUGUCCCCAUCAGCGGAUUACGUAAAAGUAACCAAUAGAAUUAAAAAGCAGCUUCACAAGUACGAUAUCCACUCUAUUACCAUACAACCGGAAUUUGCGAAACUUGACGAAAAUGCUGAAAAAGACAAGUGGGUGAUGAAAGCAACAAAUCCUGGCGAUGUUAGUCAAGAGGAGCUGACCGCUAACGAAAUGAGUGAUCACGAAUCCUCAUGUCUCUUUCGUUGUAUGGAAGACGAUACUUGCACCCAGAAUCGGUGUUGUCCAUUACCAUCGAAGGAAUCGUGA